AUGUCCGAAACAAAGCAAGUCGCCCUAAUCAUAGGCGCAUCACGCGGAAUCGGACGCCAGAUCGCCAUAGACCUAGCAAAGAACGGCUACGCCGUAAUGCUAUCUGCAAAGACAACUUCCGACGCAUCAACAGUGACACCAUUCCCACCAGACCCGAACUCAUCGCAGUCCACCAUCAACACAGUAGAGCGCGAGAUCCGCGAAGCGGGCGGCCACGCCGCAACGGUUGCCGUUGACGUGCGCGACGCAGCACAGAUCCAGCAUGCUGUCGAAGAGACGGUGCGCGUUUUCGGAAAGCUCGAUGUACUUGUGUACAACUCCGGCGCGAUCUGGUGGUCCUCGGUGGAGGAUACGCCUCUUAAGCGGUUUAAGCUUAUGCAGCAGGUGAACCCCGAGGGACUUUAUGCGACUGUUCAAGCAGCUUUGCCUUUCUUUGAGAAGGGGGGCUGGAGAGGGCGCAUUGUUGUUGUUUCGCCGCCUAUUUAUUCGAGGUUCUUUAGGGGGAAGACUGGUUAUGCAAUGGGCAAGGUUGGAAUGAGUGUCUUGGUUAAGGGUCUCGCCAUGGACUUUGUGCGUCAAGGCCGAACUGAAAUGGCGGUGACGAGUAUCUGGCCCGCAUCGUCGAUUGAAUCGGCAGCUACAGAACAUAAUAAGGGAUCCGACAAAUCUUACAAAAAGGAUUUAAGAAAGCCGACAAUAUUCUCAGAUGCUGUUCUGGCUAUGCUUCGUGCCCCGCACCAAAUAGUGAACGGGCUCCUGGAUACAGAUGAGGACUUCCUCCGGGAGAAAUGUGGAGUCUCCGACUUUUCCAAAUACUCUGUAAUCCCAGGAUCGACACCGCGGCGGAUUAUGCCAGCCAAGUUCCCAGUUCUAGAGGUUGCAGAGCAAGAUGAUGAAGGACAGCGAAUGGAUAGCACGCAGGUGCGGGCAAAGAUAUAA